AUGGCUGCAUCCGUUUCCGCCUCCGCCUCCAACCACCUAUCGUCCGAUCAGCCUCGCUCGGGCGCUUCUUCUUCUGCUUCUGCUCCUGCUCCUGCUGGGCCCCUCAGGCGACUCAGCCAACUGCGUGCUUAUACACAAAGUCAUUUUCUCUCCUCCUCUUCUUCCUCUUUCUUCCCUUCCUCCACCACCUCUCAUCGUCUGUCUCGUCGCAAUACCCACUCUACUCGGGGGGUUCGCUCAGCCUCCUCCACUACGGUCACUCCGCCUGCUCCUACACCGGCUCCUGCGACUGGGUCCGAACCUUUGCCUCCAUCCUCGGCCACUGUGGGGACUCCUCCCUCCACUACCACUACCACGACGACGACCACGACGACCGCCGCUAACACCACCGAGUCGGCCUCAUGCCCCGAAUCUGAACAACAACCCACCCUUACUCUGGAUAGCUCGGUCCUUUUCUCUAGCGGUCUCGAUAUCGAUUUGGGUUUCCACGCCGAUCCCCACCAGUCCUCCUUUUCAUCCGCUCUCUUGGCGACUGCGACCGAGCCCGACGACCGCCCGUCGACGCAAGGACGAACGAUGGCGCGACAGAGAGGCUCAUCUCAACCACCAGAGACCAUUCUUGAAGGCGCUACGCCGUCUGCCCCGUCGACCCUCCAACCUGGUCUCCUCGACUCGGCCGAUCCUGUCAUGACGGAAAAUUCUUCCGCCUCACCACGGCCCAAGCAGAAGGCCACAAUUCGAUUCUACCCCCAUCAAGACUCCCAUCAGAGCUCGCGACCGUCCCUCCCCUUCAUUCCCAUCUCGCGGACCCUCCCCUCCGACAGCUGUGUCAUCCGCGUCGGCCGCUACUCGGAGCGCGAUGGACUCCCCGCCGCCAACCCAUCCGAACCGUCUGACGCUCCGGUCGGCUUCAAAUCGAAGGUCGUGAGUCGGAAACACUGCGAGUUCUUGUACAUGAAUGGGCAGUGGCAUAUCAAGGAUGUCGGCAGCUCGUCCGGCACCUUCCUCAAUCACAUGCGCCUCAGCCAGCCCAACAUGGCGUCGAGAUUGUAUACCAUCAAGGAUGGAGAUAUCGUGCAGCUGGGAAUCGACUUUCGUGGCGGGGAGGAGAUGAUCUUCCGAUGCGUCCGCAUCCGAAUCGAAUGUAAUCGGUCUUGGCAGCAGCAGCCGAACGAGUUCAACAAAAACACGGAAAGCUUGAUCCGAAACCUGGGAAAGGGCGAGACCGCCGAUUACUCAGGGUGUCGCGAAUGCUCCAUCUGUCUCGGCUCCGUCCUGAGACCCUAUCAAUGUCUGUUCAUGGCCGCUUGCGCUCACGUAUGGCACUACAAAUGUGUCAGUCGUCUCAUCCAUACCCCCGAUUACCCCAUGUUCCAGUGCCCGAAUUGCCGCGCCUACACGGAUCUGAGCGCCGAAGUCGACGAUUCGAAUGACUACGAGGAGGUCGAGCAGAAGCCGACGACGACCCCAGAGGAGAAAAAGGACUCGGGAGAACUGGGAGGAGAACAGCCACCAGCUGAGACCAACUCAUCCUCGUCCAAUAUACCCUCGUCCAACACAUCGUCGUCUGGGAGCAAUCGCAGCUCGGAUGUUCCUCGCCACUCGGAGGACCGCUUUUCGACCAGCCUGCCGAUGGAAGCCGGUCUGGCCGCCAACAUUGAAAACAUGCGUUUCGACCUCCGCGACGAGCCGACAGAAGCGGCGGAGGAGUCGCCUCGUUCUACCGAUCCGUCCCUCACCAUUUCCACCACCGACCGCAGUGCCAACUCUGACGUCCCCGGAUGGCAAGCCAUCGCACGGACCCCGAGUGCGGUCCAUUGCCAGCAAGCGCACCUGCGUUCUGACACGCCAGUUCGGUCAGAUUCGUCGGAUGAGAACCCCUUGACCCCCCUGAAUGAUUCGGGUCCGUUGGCGUUUGAUGGUCGGGCUGGCAUGUCAUGA